CAGGUCCGACAAUCAGAGCGGGUGGCAUUGCGGUGCGUGCCGAAUUAAGUCCAAGCUCAACUUUUAUGCCAUCUCGUCAUUCACCUGUCUUGCAACAAACGCAACCUCGGACUGACACAAUGUCCUCACAGCACGACGAAGCUGCCGCGGCCGGAUGUCCCGUAGAUCAUAGAGCGCGUGAAGCCUGGCUCGAACAAGCCCGCGCAGCCGGCAACUCAGCACCCAACCCUCAUAUCUCCGCUUCGCCGCCAGCACCCACACAAUCGCCUGCCUCCGCAGCACCCACACAAUCGAAAGCUGCUGCAGCAGCAAAAUCCUCCCCAGUCCAGCAAUCAUGCGAUUCCUCAUCCCUCGACCAGUCCACCACCUCACCCGCGCCGACAACAACAGGACUCUUAUCCGACAUGCGCCUGGCCACCGACCGCGAAAUCAGCACCAUCCCACGGUCCACGCCUAGCGCACCGACCGACCGACCGGCAAACAACGAAAAAGACACAGGCGCGGAUAAAACCACAGGGAACUGGAUCUACCCCAGCGAGCGCAUGUUCUUCGACGCGAUGCGCCGGAAACAGUUCUCCCCCGAGGAGCGCGACAUGAAAGCCAUCGUGCCGAUCCACAACGCGGUGAAUGAGCGGGCGUGGCACGAGAUCAAAGCGUGGGAAACAGGGCGGGGGAGUGAAGCCUGCGGAGGCCCCAAGCUCGAGUCGUUUUCUGGGUUGAGUACGAGUCUCACGCCCAGGGCGAGGUGGAAUGCGCUGCUAGGGUACCAGGCGCCGUUUGAUCGCCACGAUUGGGUUGUCGACCGCUGCGGCACCAAGGUCGAGUAUGUGAUUGAUUUCUAUGCAGGGAAACAGCAGACCGGGCAGGCGCCCGGGCAGGGGCUGAAUUUCUAUUUGGAUGUUAGGCCGAAGUUGAACAGCUGGGAGGGUGUCAAGACAAGAGUCAGUCGGUUCUGGGGAUUCUAGGUGGGGAUGAAGUGGGUGUAUGAUAUGUACGAUCAAUGUGGUGGAAUGCAUUAACCAGCUUUAGUACAUCAUGACAUGGCGUUUUCUGGGUUCAGUAGAUUGUAUGGCAGCAUGCUGAUGCGAAUGUGAAUACCACGCUCGUCUCGUACACCCU